CUACACACUAACCUCCACGAGGGUGGUUUGUUCUGCCGAAAGAUGCUGCGCUUUGCUCCCCAACCCCCUCAAUUCAAGUCACUAGCAAUGUGCUUCUCACCGACUCGUUACUUGUAGGCGAGGCCGGUACGUUCUCCAUAUCGCCAAUGUUCGAUUGGCCGCUUGAACAGGAACCAGGAGGGCUGAAGAUGCUUGAACUCUUACCAUAUAAUAGCGAUUAUCUAAGAUUAUCUAGCAGCUCCAUCUCGCUCUGAAUCAGAACUCACAAACAAUUGUUGUUGGCCCUUGGCCGUUCAACAUUCAACGUCGUGCCCCUCCAAGCCUCUCUCACGCCACGUUUGUAAAAUUCUGCGCCGUCGAGCAAAUCUCCCGUGGGAAGAGAUUGAGAGGCUGGAAUAAGGUGUAGCUGAAUCCUCGAAAUCCUUUUUCGUCCUUUCUCGUUGGGCUGUCAAUCCCUGUCGACCACGCGACGAGUGCAGGGCGCGAAGCCCGUGCAGCCCCUGCCUCAACCCCUUGCCGAUCCCACUUGUGAGGUGGUUCCCACUUCCAGCAACCGCUGAUGUUUGCCCAGCCUUUGAGCAUCUUUCCCUUCUCCCGUCGCCUUCUGGAACUCUCGCUGCCUGCUUUUUCUGACACGGCGCACCCUCUCACCCUCCACUCCAGCGACCGAUCCCACGCUCGGCAUCCAUUGCCUCCUAUCCUGACGUUGCAUUCGGCCGCCGCGUGGUUUGAUACCCAGAAACUAUCGUCUGCAACCGGCUAUUCUCCCCCAGCGAACUGGUCUUCCCAUCACACGACCCUGUUUUUCGCCCAUAGCAUUCAAGAACACAGUCACACAAACUUCCCGUGCCGUGAUAGGAUAUUCGAUUAGCGACACCGCGGCCCCUGUCGAAUACCGGACUCGCCGUACACAGCAGCCGCCUGCCCUACCUGUCAACACGCAGUCCUUCCCGCUCCCCUGAAACCUGGCCGUCAUUGCUCAGGCUGUCCCGAAUAUUAAUUCACCACACCCCGCGCUCACACGUCCUUCGCUCCCCCCCUUCUAGCCCACUAUGUCGAACCCUACACCGGCCCAAGAAGAAUUCGCUGCCUUUCUCGACAAGAAUAGCCGUGAUUCACUGGACGGAAUACACCCCGAAGACAGAGCGAGUGCUGCUAGAGAGGCAGCUGACCACAGCGAAGACGAGGAGGAACAGUAUCGCGCUCAGAAAAUCGACGAAGCCAUGAGGAUGCCUACUAUGGACUCUCGCACAGCGUUGCGCCUCCCACCAACGUCGUUCGACGACGGCCAUUCUACUGGUGUGAAGGGUGUGAUUGCCGACGCAAGAUCAUAUGAGAAUGCGCGGCAACGGACCUGGAAGGAUAAGGCGCGCGCUGUUCGCCGAAGUGUCUUUGGUCUCGAAGGAGGCAGGCACAGCGGGACCGACAGCGACGCAAGCGGAGCUGAGGACGCCGAUGAGGAAGAGUUCUUGAACCGCUGGCGGGAAAGCAGAAAGAGAGAGCUGGAGGAGGAGAGCAGGAAUCCUGUGCGGAACAGGAGGACAAGCCCAAGCGUCAGGAUGUAUGGCCGUUUCGAGGAGGUUGAUGCUCUUGGCUAUCUGGACUCGAUUGAAAAGGUUGGGAGGGAAACGGUUGUUGUGGUGUUUGUCUAUGACCAUCAGAGCGAAGUAUCAGCGGCAAUCGAAUCAGCCCUCGUCCCCCUCGUCUCAACACAUCCCACUGUUCGGUUUGUCAAAGUACACUACGAGGAAAUCGAAUUCGACAACGCCGGUGUACCGGCGGUGCUGGCCUACCGCAACCAAGGCGACCUUUUUGCGAACCUGACUGGCAUACUGGAGUUGAUCCCAGAUGAGGACGACUUCGACACGGAUGCCCUCAAGAGGAUCUUUACCAAGCACAACAUUUUGUGAUUGCGUCUGGGCAGGUUUUCUUUUGUAUGGUUUCCAGUUCGGUGUUGACACUGGGUCACGGUUUGCAUGUUCAUGUCUGGGUCACUUGGAAAAUCCAAGUCAGGGAAAGGGUUGAGAGGCUUUUAUUUUCACUUGGUGGCUGGGGCCACCUCAGAGGCGCGCCCCUCUUUUACUCUUACUGGUUUACACAUGACGGUCAUGUUGGGAAGAUGCGAGAUAUUAUGAGAUGACUACCAAAGAUACCACGACCUCGAGGCUCCCCUUCAGGGUCGAUCUUUUGCAAAAUGAUGGAAUGGCAUUUUUCAGUUUGGGUUAAACUUCUUGCAUUAGUCUCUUGGUCUCUCUGUAUCUGAGCUGCUGUAUUACUAGGAAGCGGGAGCGCCAGCAGGUCUCGCUGUGUGCAAGCGGAUAGGCGCAGUCAGGUUGUAUCACAUAUUGAAACUGAGGAACAUCAUCACCUUCACCAUUCGCCUCCACCACCACCACCCCGCAUCGGUACUGUACUGUGAUUCCCCUCAUUGCCAUCUAACGUGAUGCCAAGGUGUGAUGUGGGGAUGGGAGAUCGAUGUUGAUAACGAUGACGGUGGAGCG